AUGCCAAGAACUAGACUACAAGAAGCAGCGGCGGCGAGGCGCGAUGAUGCUGAAUCGACAAACCUCAUUAAUAAUAUUAUCCAUAGUAAGCCCAAUCAGAGAAGGGUGACAGUCGCACUUAAGCAGGCUCCAACCGUCGGUCGCUAUCGACAGCUCGUGUCAGUCGAACAAGAAUCGGAUGCAGAUUCUGAGGAAGAAGAGAAUGUUGAAGAAGAAGAGGAGGAGGAUGUUGAAGAAGCAUUGAAUGCACAGCUACUUGCGAAUCAAUCCGGAUUCGAGCCCGAAGACAUGACGGACGAACUCGAAAAUCACCAGCGAAAAUCCCUCUCUGCGAGCAAAAGUACGGAGAAGCAUCCUCAGAAACAACUUCGCCGACCAAGUAGGAAAGGAAAAGGAACAGCUGAAGAUAUCCCAGAACCUCCAAAUGUUUCGCCGCGGAAGCGCAAACGAGAUGACGAAAUUUUUAAUUACAGUAUUCCUGAAGACGAGGGUGAUGCUCAGGACAAUCAUCAACUUACACCCUUCAAGCGACCAAGUAAAAGGCCAAAGACGAAGGACAUCCUUAAACAGAAAUCAUAUACAAUAGUUUCUAAAAGGGGUAGGGGUCGCCCUCCGAACAACGAAUCGGAUAAUGGGGGUGAAAAUUCAGAUGCAACAUUUUCCGACCCGGCAAAUAAUAGCAAAACCGUUCCUAGAAACGCCCGGCGAGCUGAAGAAGUCGACGAGGAAGAGGAAGAGGAAGGUGAUGCCUUGAAUGGUCCUACAAGUGCUCAGCAAAGGGGGGAAGAUGACAAUGAUGACGCAGAAGACGGCGAUGAGGACGGCAUAACAGGCUUGAUCAUGAGUCAAAGUCCUGUAAAAAGUCCAGCAAGAGCAAAACUUCCGGCUUCUAGAAAACAUCACCUGAGGAGUGCGGAGAAGGCGAGGAAAAUUAGCAGUAACCAUGCAAAGAGUAUCCAUAACAACAGGACUCCGUCUCCGCUCCACUCAAGACGCAGAGAGAAGAUACCCGCAGAAGUCGGAGAGGAACUGAGACAAGCGGCUGAAGAUAUUGCCGAUGAAGCUGAAGAGGAAGCCGAUGAUAAUACGGAUUUUAGGGAAGGAUCCGAUCGGCAGCUUAGCCGAAAACUUACUCUUUGGAAAGGGAUUAUUGGCCUCGAUUUUUUCCGAAACGUUGAAAGGAUUUCAAAACGGUUCGGUUGCAAAGAAACUAAUGGCAUAUGGGAAACAGUAACAUCUGAGAGUCGCGGCGUUAAAACAAAAUCGGGAGAGAGGAUCGAAAGAUCUCUAAAGGAGCUUCAAGAACAUUAUCGAGAUCUUAAAUAUGCGAUGGAUGAGAAGAAUGAUGUUGAUCAAAUUCAAGCGAAUUUGGACAUUGAUCGGAGUAUUGAUGCCUUGAAGCACAGGAUAAACAAUUUGUUAGAGCCUUUGUAUGAAGAUGUUGUUGAACAUUAUGAAAAUCGAAGACGUGAAUUUUUGGUGGAUCUUUACUUUGUUCUCAUUCGGAAAUUCCUCAAAGUCCUGAAAACCGCCAUUCUUACGUAUGGGAGCUACGAACCGUUAUCAAAGAAAGAUUUAUCAGUGGUGAUUGAGAUCACUAAAAUAAUCCUUGGACUUUUUAAUAAUCUUGACAGACAGAACAAGGAAUUUCAGCCCGUGGAUCGCGGUCAGACGAAGCAACCAUUGAGAGAACUUCGACAUCUUCUGCGAGUUAAAUUAUUGCAAAAUUGCCAGCAGAGGCUCCGUGACAGAGAAGACGAGGAAAUGCGAGAGAAGCUUCUUGCUAGUACCCAAGAAAAAAUACGUGCUGAACAAGAAGAAGAUGAGACGCGAAAGAUUGAAAAGGAAGAGAGAGAUCGAGAGAUUAGAGCAUACAAUAAAGGUGUUGAAAGACGUAUGAUGAAUGAUCCAGAGAAAGCUCGUUUGAUUAAACUUGAGAUGAAAAGGAAUGAGUACAGGAAGCUUCCACAAGCUGAAAGGAUCAGACGUGAGCUAGAAGCGGAACGUGCCAAAAAGGCGACGAGACCUAUGCAACAAAUUACACAAGAAGAACGAGAGGAAUAUAUUACCAUUUCACAUGGAAGUCGAAGAAUCGAUGACUGGGAUGACUGGGAUGACCAACGGAAUGAUCCAUUCUUAGAAGAUUACGUCCCUCCCCAUGACGCCAAUAGCAACAGCAUUUUUGCGCAAUUCCAAAGAAGAGAUUCUACAUCUCCUCUCCUACCGGAACCAGAACGAGAGCCGGAGCCAGAGCCAGAGCUAGAACCAGAACCAGAACCAGAACCAAAAGCACCACCUAGCUUUGAUGAUGUCCCCGAUGAGGAGAAAGAAAGAUUCUAUGCUUAUUUUAGAGCAAAGUACGAAUAUGAAAAGCAUGGCUUAGAAGAUAAAGACUUCUGGAAUCGUUUACGAGCAGAUUUAGACGGUGGCAGAUAUACAUUGGAUGAAAUUUGGGAAUUUGCGAAAGAGCUACAGGCGAGUCUAGAUGAUGCACAUGAAAAUAGAGAAUUGGACGGGGAUGAAUAUUUAUGGACAUAUCAUGUUUGGGACUGGGAUAGGGAGUAG